CCUUGUGCGCGUGCAUUGACAAUAAACACGCCCGGUCCAAACUGCUAGUAGCCGAAGGAAACAAAGAAACGGCGAAACGGCGUAGCAUAUUUUUAGGUCGAAAGAUAAACUUAAACCGAAAACAACCACAAAGAAAGAAAGAAGUCGAAAGAUAUAUUCAAGAACAGACAGCAGAGGAAUAAGUGAACAAAGAACAGUUAAAAGUUGGGAGUCGUGACUAACACACACGUUGUCGAACAAUAAACGUUCGCGUCAGGGACAUUGUUAAUUAGCACGUUUCAAAUUGAAAAUCAGCGACAAAACAAAAACGUACCUGUAAAAUCUCAGUGAACUAGUUAGAAGAAAACGUACCAUUAAAUUUGGAUUGUAAGAUGGGAAGGAAAAAAGAUUCUGACGGCAUCUAUUAUUUUCCAAAUGCGUGUCAAAUUUGCCGUGCUUGGGGUAAAGACGUUAAAUUGAAAAGAUGUGUACAAUGUCUAUCGAUAAGUUAUUGCAGUCGGGACCACCAGAAAAAACACUGGCCUCGGCUCAAGAAAUUUUGCCAAAUUUUCAGCAAGGUACAAGAAAAAGCGAAUUCGAUAUUUGCACUAUUUCAACGUAAAGACUUGAAAAGGAUGGUACGAAUCUGGCUUGGAACAGAGCGAGAAUAUUCUUGUGCGAAUUAACGCAAUCUCUAAUGCGUCGUCAGCUUACGAAUUUUGAGGAACAAAUGGUGUUGUUCAUAAGUCAUUGUGAAAUUUAUUACGAAACAGAUCCCUUGAAAUUGAAAGAUUGCAAUGACUGUCCGUUUGCUAGUUUUUGCGUCAAUCAUCCCAAGGACGGCAAACAUUCUACUCAGUGUCGAGAAGCUGUAAUUUCUAAUGGAAUAUCAGAUCCAUAUACGUUUUUGUUUGCGUUGCAAAAAAUAUCUCGUCCAAUGCAGCCAGAGAUGAUAAUUCACGUGAUUGAAAGGGAGCAAAAUGACAUGAAGAAGGCUGGUUUUUGGCAAACCUUACUCCAUCACAAUUUACCACUCAAGAAGAUCAAAGUUUCUUACUUUUCACCGCAUCUCUCAUCACAAUGCGUUAAAAUGAAACUUUGUAAUAUAUGUAAGAAAAAUAACUGCAGCAUCAUUUUUGAAAACACAGGAGACACAUAUGUGCGCUUUGCAGAAUUGCCAGCUUUUUCCAAACCCAAUUUUAUCAUUGGAUUCAAUUUGGUUCUCGAAGACGAUGAUGAACUGGCUCAGACUAUUAGACUAAUCCGUAAACUUGGCUGUCCAUUUUUUCUGACUACACUCGUUCCACAAGUAACAGAAACGAAUGAAAAAAAUAUCAAUUCAUUUCUUGGCAAAAGAGUCAAACCCUUUUGGACAGGCAUAAAUCCAUUUGCCAGCAGACAACCUUACAAGCAUUUUGAAAAGCUUUGUGUUUACGAGAUAUCGGAGCUCGUUCCCGAGAUGAAUGAGAGCCCAAAAAUUCAUUGAUUCUUUGAAAAAGAAAAAACAAACGCAAAAAUUGAUUUUUCAUUCAACUGGCAAAUGGACAAAAGAAAUCUGGGGGUUUCAAGAGAAUUCAUUGAGAUUUUGUAUGUGUUUUAAGUUAUUUCUUAUAUUUUGAAUUUACCAUGUAAAUUCGUAUUCGAAACUGUGAUUGAAAAAAUUUUUUCGACGAACAGCAAAAAAUGAGGAACAUGAAAAAAUCUUUAUUGUUAUACGGCGUUUCAAUAAUAUUAUGUAAUAAACAAUAUUGUAUCGCUUCUGUAA